AGAAGGAAAUAAAAGCACAGAUAAAGUAAAGAUUUAUUCCCAAAGAGAGAGUUAGAGCAUCAAAAUAGCCUUGGGAUUUCUCGGUGGGCUGUUAAAUGACUGGCGGGUAAUGGGUUGAGUUAAAUGGCCUUGUGGUGAAUAAUGGGCUGAGAAAGUGGCCUUUGUAAUGUCAGCAUAUGGCACUGCAAUCGGUUAUAAGUGUACUGACGUGUUCGUACCGGAAAUAUUGGCUUUAUCAUAUAGUGCGGCCAAAGUACAACAAUUUUUAGUAAAAGUGUACGAUGUCACUCACUGGCUGCCGUGGCUGGCAUCGGUGUCUCGAGGCUCGGCGGGGGUCGUGUCGUUCCUCUCGGUAACUUUUGUUGAUUUUAUCCGUGAAUAUCUGUGUGAUCUUCGUCCUGGCGGCGCUGUGCCUUCUGUGGCGCCUUCUGUAAUAGCUGAGGGCUGCGGGAGAGUAAAAGUGAAGAAGACAGCUCAAUCGAGAGAAAGAAGGACGUUUAUGGAUGGAACGCGGAAGUGACGAAAGAGAAGGGGCUGCCGCCCGUGUCCCGCCUCCUGCCUCACCGUGCCCAGCGCCUAUGACGCCUGCCCCAUGUGUGUGUGCGGCGGCCCGGCCAGGCGUGACUGCCCCGCCCCGCCCCGGUCCUGUCCCCCUGGCUGCUCUCCCGGCUCAGGCCCCGACGGCUGCCUGACCUGUGAGUGUCCCUUUGGAGGAAGAGGAGGAUAUGGAGGAGGAGGAGGAAGAUGGGGUGGCUACAGUGGAGCUGGAAGAGGAGGGAUUGGUUAUAAUGGAGGUCAAGGAAGAGAGAGUGGAGGUGGAGGUGGAGGCGGGGGAGGAGGAGGUGGAAGUGGAGAUGUGGGAGGAGGAGGCGGAGGCGGUGGAGUGUGUCCGCCUCUUCCCCCGUGCAAAUCCACGUGCCAGAGGAUCCUUGACGCCAGCGGCUGCCCCGGCUGCGAGUGUCCCCCCUCGGAGUGCCCCGCCAUGGCCUGCCACGAAGGCUGCACGGUGGAGCGCGGCGAGGACGGCUGCGAGCGGUGCGUGUGCACUGGCCCCGGCACGUGCCCCGCCGUCCCCGAGUGCUACCGCGGCUGCGUGGCCAUGGACCCCAACAGCGAGUGCUUCCUUUGCAACUGUACCGAUCUGCCGGACAACACCACCACCACCACUCCCCACCCCCCUUCAGCCGCUGGCAAGCCGCCCAGCUCCGGCCCCAACUCCCUGCCGCCCGGCCUCAGCCCCGACCCCUUCGGCCACCUUGGCUUUACUCCUUCCUUCGGAGGCUUCGGACCGCCGUCAGGAGGCCGGCACCGCCCCCCUAACAGGCUGCCCCGGCCCCCGCCCCGCCGCACCCCCACCAGGCUUCCGCCGAUGCUGCCCGGCACCCCGCCCUGGUGUGUCUUCCAGAACCCCUUCGGCUGCCCGCCGGGCUGCGUCACGGCGCUCACCAUGCUGGGCUGCCGCAGGUGCCUGUGUGGCGGUGACGCCUUCCUGUGUCCCGGCGUCCGUCGCUGCCUCAACCGCUGCCUCUUCCUCAGCCCCGAGGACCGCUGCUGCAGAUGCGAGUGUCCCCGCCGGCAGCAGCCUCAGCCUCAGCCACAGCCUUCGCCCUUCGGAGGCCUCGCUGGCUCGCCAUUUGGACCAUUCAAUUCCUUUGACCCAUUGAACUUCCUGCCGGAGCCAGUUCACCGGGACGUCCUAGGGCUGUCUUUCCAGCCCUCCCUCGGGAACCAGGACUCCACCGUGGUGGUGAGCUUCGGCCCGGACUCAACGACGCGCAUCGUCUCCACCAGCUUCUCCACGGACGAGUGGCCUGCGUCCCGCCCCCACGCCCCCGACGGGCAGCGUCCUGCCACUCCACUUCGUCCCCCCUCCGUGCCCCCACGACGGGGAGACCCGCCGCGCGGCGCCAGGCCUGACUCCGUGGCCGACCCCAGCGCUCCCCAACCCUACCCGGCCAGCCCUGAGGCUUCUCCAUCCUCCCCUGCCAACCCCAGUGCACCCCCACCCUCCCCUGCCAGCCCCAAUGCCCCUCCACCUUUACCGACCAACCCCAAUGCCCCUCCAUCUUCCCCUGUCGACCCAAGUGCACCUCCACCCUACCCUGACACCCCUAAUGCCCCUCCACCCCCUCCUUCCCCUGGUAACCCCAAUGCCCCUUCACCCCCUCCUUCCCCUGCCAACUCCAUUGCUCCCCCACCUUCCUCUGCCAGCCCCAAUGUUCCCACUCUUUCCCCUGCCAGCCCCAAUGUUCCCACUCUUUCCCCUGCCAGUCCCAAUGUUCCCACUCUUUCCCCUGCCACCCCCAAUGUCCCCACUCUUUCCCCUGCCACCCCCAAUAUCCCCACUCUUUCCCCAGCCAACCCUAAUGGUCCCCCUCCUUCCCUUGCCACCCCUUAUGCCCCUCCACCCCCUCCUUCCCCUGCCGACCCUAAUGCUCCCCUUUCUUCCCCUGCCGACCCUAAAGCUCCCCCUCCUUCCCCUGCCGACCCUAAUGCUCCCCCUCCUUCCCCUGCCGACCCUAAUGCUCCCCCUCCUUCCCCUGCUGCCCUUAUGUCCCUCCACCCUCCUUCCCCUGCCCCUUAUGUCCCUCCACCCUAA